CUCCAUCGUGCUCGGUAGCGAGCCAGCAAUUCUUGACGGAAGAUCUCCGAUCCUCCGCGCUUUGUGGUCGCCUCCCCGGCUUCCCUCGGUCUCGUUCAACAAAUAGUACUGGGACUCUAGGGUCUUCGCAUGGCAUAUCCCCCUCGUCGUCUAGGGUCGGGUAUGAUACACUGGCUCCGUACGCCAGUCCUCCCAGCAGCAAUCUCCAGAUUCGCCGACUGCAAAAGUCGAGGAGCUGCUUCCCACUGACGUUGCGCGAUAUCAGUUCAGGACAAAUCAUGGAGUCUCAAUCACCCCGGUCGGAACCGACGACUCCUUUCCUCGCAACCUCUGGGCCUCCGUUAAUCCCACGCCAACAUCGUCGCACGGAGUCAAAUGCUACAAGUGCCUCAAGUCGCUCGGUUCGCUCUAGCCACAUCUCUAGUCCUCUGGCCUCCCCUGCUGCGAAGCGAAGGCUAACUCGGAACUUGCCUGGCGUUCUGGACUGGCUAGAAGACACUCGAAUCGACCUAUGGAUAGACCAGGAAGGAUCUCACGUAGUCCGGCAAACGUUCAAGUUAGCCGGAUUUACUACCGGAUGCCCUGAGGAACAAGAUACUGCUCUGGUCAGUGCUCUGACCUACGGUCUCGCCGAGUUUAUGCCUAUGAUGCGCCGGUCUUUCGUUUUCGACGCCAGAAGGUCCGAUGUGCCUCCCACUCUCCAGCGCGUGACGAUCGCGGAGGAUGACACGAAGGACUAUAUCUCUUACCAGGCCACUCUGGCUACGAGCUCUGAUGGCGCGUAUGCUGUCAGCGGCACCGAGUACUUCAAGCUCCACCGCAACCAAGCCCCUCUGGCUCUUCGGUGGCGCUUCGAGUAUUUCGUUCAAGUUGGACCGCGCGAGACCGAGAAGACCCUUACGCCCCUUCGCUUCUCGUCUUCUCCUGGAUUACUACACCCUAGCCACGGCCGGAAGCAGACGAAGCUACUGCAAAUCUUCAAACGGAGUUCAUCGACGAGGCUUUUCGCAGAGAAGAUGGAGGUUCCUAGGCAGUCGUAUGGUCUUCAUGACCGGCGAAAUGCUAGCAUAGGAUCCGAGAAGGAAAACUACGGACACGGGCUCGGACUCAAUGUUGCGCCCGGCGGCGGAGAGCGUCGAUCUCCAGACCUUGCGGAGUCCGACAGUCAUGAGCCUGUCCGUCAACAGUUGGAUAUCAAGCUCAAACGUUCUCCGAGACUUACUCCAACCAUGCUCAGGCCUACAACGCCGACACAGCUGAUGAGUUUGCAUGCUGAAUUCCUCCGCACGCGUGGGAACGGGGGAUGUAACGAUUGGGUUGCCCUUUAGGAUAACAAGCUGCGCUACCAUGUGUUCAUGUAUUUCUCGGUAUAGAUUUGUGAUGGUUAUGCC